UGCUCCACCUCCUGGCGCAUGGGGCGCCCUCCUGAGACCCCUCAGUUACCUGGGCUGGGACCGGGCCAGCAGGGGUUGGCCGGGAGGGGGGCAGGCGCCCACGGGGCUGCGACAGGCUCCAACUCCGGCUCCUGCCAGCGCAUCCUGCCGGCCGCUUCCUGGGGACCCGGGUUGGGGUCGCUCCUGCUGGGGACCCUGGAGUGGCCAGGGGUAGAGCGCAUUGGAGCCUCUGUGCCGUGGUGCAGGAGUGGAGGGGUGGCAGGGGGUCCCUGCAACCUCAGCCUGUCUCCGGCCCCCGGCCCCUCCUCCCUGCCCAGGGGGGCCAAGGCUGGGCAGGGAGGGGCAGCGCCCCAAGGUCCUGAGCAGGGAGGCACACUGGAAACCCAACACCUCCAGAGGACCAGGAAGAGCCCCUGGGGGGCGUCCUACAACGGGGCUGUUGGGCAGCCUUGAACUUUUUCCCUUUUCCCUGGGAGAGGAGUUGCUACGACUCUCCCGGCCGAAACCCUGGCCUCUGCCCAGGUCACUUAAGCUGCCCUCCAAGUCCCUUCUUGUGCCCCCACAGGCCCAGGCCUCUGCCUCGUGUCUUCUGCAGAGCGGGGGUCUUUCGGAGCAGCUCAGGUGGCGAGGGAUCCUCUCCAGCUGGUCCCCCAACCUGGGUCUGAGAUGUGCCCCGCCCGGGCCGCCCCGCGCCGCGUCUAGCCCGCCCGCCAAGCUGCCCGCCAUGUCUCAGAUGCUGCACAUUGAGAUCCCCAACUUCGGGAACACCGUGCUGGGCUGCCUGAACGAGCAGCGGCUGCUGGGCCUCUACUGCGAUGUGUCCAUCGUGGUCAAGGGCCAGGCCUUCAAGGCGCACCGGGCCGUGCUGGCCGCCAGCAGCCUGUACUUCCGUGACCUGUUCAGCGGCAACAGCAAGAGUGCAUUUGAGCUGCCGGGCACGGUGCCGCCCGCCUGCUUCCAGCAGAUCCUGUCCUUCUGCUACACGGGCAAACUCACCAUGGCGGCCAGCGAGCAGCUCGUGGUCAUGUACACGGCAGGCUUCCUCCAGAUUCAGCACAUCGUGGAGCGCGGCACCGACCUCAUGUUCAAGGUGAGCUCGCCCCACUGCGACUCACAGACGGCCGUCAUCGAGGACGCCAGCUCUGAGCCCCAGAGCCCCUGCAACCAGCUGCAGCCGGCCUCCGCCGCCGCCGCCCCCUACGUCGUGUCCCCUUCCGUGCCCAUCCCACUGCUGACCCGCGUGAAGCAUGAAGCCAUGGAGCUGCCGCCAGCCACCGGCCCAGGGCUGGCUUCUAAGCGCCCACUCGAGACAGGACCCCGGGACGGCGUGGCCGUGGCUGCUGGGGCCGCGGUGGCUGCCAGUGCAGCCCCGCUCAAGCUGCCCCGUGUCUCCUACUACGGGGUGCCCAGCCUGGCCACCCUCAUCCCCGGCAUCCAGCAGGUGCCCUACUCCCAGGGGGAGCGGACCAGUCCAGGGGCCAGCAGCCUGCCUGCCACCGACAGCCCCACGUCCUACCACAACGAGGAGGAUGAGGAGGAUGACGAGGCCUAUGACACCAUGGUGGAGGAGCAGUACGGCCAGAUGUACAUCAAGGCCACAGGCAGCUAUGCAGUGCAAGAGAAGCCUGAGCCAGUGCCACUGGAGAGCCGCUCCUGCGUCCUCAUCCGCCGAGACCUUGUGGCACUGCCCGCCAGCCUCAUCAGCCAGAUCGGCUACCGCUGUCACCCCAAGCUCUACUCCGAGGGAGACCCUGGGGAGAAGCUGGAGCUGGUGGCAGGCUCCGGGGUCUACAUCACGCGUGGCCAGCUCAUGAACUGCCACCUCUGCGCGGGGGUGAAGCACAAGGUCUUGCUGCGGAGGCUCCUGGCCACUUUCUUUGACAGGAACACGCUGGCCAACAGCUGUGGCACCGGCAUUCGCUCGUCCACCAGUGACCCGAGCCGCAAGCCGCUGGACAGCCGAGUCCUGAACGCUGUGAAACUGUACUGUCAGAACUUCGCCCCCAGCUUCAAGGAGAGCGAGAUGAAUGUGAUCGCCGCGGACAUGUGCACCAACGCCCGGCGCGUCCGCAAGCGCUGGCUGCCCAAGAUCAAGUCCAUGCUGCCCGAGGGCGUGGAGAUGUACCGCACGGUCAUGGGCGCCUCGGCCGCCAGCCUGCCCCUCGACCCCGAGUUCCCGCCCAGCGCCGCGCAGGUGUUCGAGCAGCGCAUCUACGCGGAGCGGCGGAGCGACGCGGCCACCAUUGUGGCUCUGAGAACUGACGCGGUGAAUGUGGAUCUGAGUGCUGCUGCCAACCCCGCCUUUGAUGCCGGUGAGGAGGCGGAUGGGGCCGGCUCGGUCAUCCAGGAGGUGGCCGCCCCCGAGCCGCUGCCCACUGAUGGCCAGAGCCCCCCACAGCCCUUUGAGCAAGGCAGCGCCAGUUCCAGCAGGCCCCAGACACCCGCCAGCACCCCGGCCACCAGGAGGCCCGAGGGCACUUACGCAGGGACUUUGUAAGAGGGGCCGGCGGCCCACCUCGAGAGGGACGAGUACUAAGCUGCUUGCAUGCGUUACUAAUACAAACAAAUGUGAUCAAGCCACUUACCUACUGAACUGCUACUGCUGCCUGACAAAAAUGUGAUUUUUAUUCUGCCUGUAUUUAAAAUGGAUGAAGGAAAAUGCACUCACUAUACUGUAAACAGCUAGGCCACUGGCCACUGCGCUGGGAGCACGGCCCCAGGGCUCCUUUUGUGAUACCGCAAGGACGGUCUGCUCCUGUAGCUCCCCCUCCCCUUCCUGGGGUGGAGGCCUCCAGCCCUGGUGCCCCGCCAGUUCUGCAUCGCCCGUGCUCCCUGCUCCUCCUGCCCGGAAGAGGAAGGGGCAGCGACCGGGGCUGGGUCACACUCUGUUUCUGCCACGGGCAGCGCAAGGGCUCCACAGCCAAACCCUUCUCGCUUUCCUUCUUCCUGAGAUGCCAUCUGCGUGGGUGAGUGUGUGCGGGUGAGUGUGCACGUGCGGGCGAGAGUGUGUGUGUGUGGGGGGUGUGCGCAUGCAUUGACCAGUGAUGGUACCUCGACAGCCGUUGCUAGUCCCCGGGGUGGAGGAAGGACAUCGUGUCCCCCCACACCUGUGUCCUUGCUCUGCCCCAACCUUCUCUGUGCUGCAGCCCCUCAGCAGCCCCUGGAGGCCCGGAUGCCCGCGCCUGCCCAUGGGCUCCCACCCCGGGCCCCCACGGGUGUUGCGCAGCUGCAGUCACCCUCGGACGCCCCAGCCACUCUGGGAUUUUGCUUGUUUGGUGUUUUUGUUUAGUUCAGAUCUAUUUCAUAUAUGGUUUGGAAACUUUUAGACCCAACAGAGCAAAAAACUGGGGAGGGGCAGGUGUCCCUGUCCCCAGCCUACCACAGAUCAGGGGCCAAUGCAGACCUGUGUCCCCUCCUCGGGGCAGGACCCGUUCACCUCCCACUGGAGGCAGAGGGGUUCCAGGGCUUGCAGCGAGGACACAUGCAGGCUGAGCUCAAGGGCUGGGGAGCCUGUGAGGUGACACUGGACCCAUCGUGCCACCUGUGUGGUACUCGGGGCUACAGGGGCCAGGCAGCAGGCACAGGCCUGGGUUGGGGCACUGAGGGGGCAGGAAGGUGGUCGAGUAGGGGCUACCAGCCAGUUUGAAGCCAGAGUGCCUCCUGCAAAUUGGAAGCUUAGUUUCCCAGCAGUAAGGUGCAGGUGAUAGGGUGAGCUCCUGGCCAGCUUCCCGGGUGUCCCUUCUCAAGACCUGCCUGUAGAGCCCAGUAGCUCCUAGUGUGGCCAGGGACCCCCCACCCAAGACUGGAUGGGUCUGCUGUUUCCUCUUCCUCCGUCCACUCUGAGCUCACUCCUGGCACCCCUCUGUGUGCACACAGGCUGGCAGGCUCCCCCCAGCGAGGGGCUGGGUGCUGAGUCUGCAGCAGGGGCCAGUGUGUGGCUUAGACCCCCCAGCUCCCCAUUUCUGUGGGUGCUGCCCCCGCAGUGCAGAGGCCUUGGGGAGACUGUGCCUGCUCUCCAGAAAGCUCUGGUGGCUUUGCAGGGAGUGGGGGCUGUGAGGGGGGACCAGAAAGAGGCCUCACCCCACUCCCUGCCCCUUGGGGCCAAGCCUGGAGAGACCCAGGAGACCCUUGCAUUCCUGGGGCAGCGGGUGGUGCAGAAGCCCAUGUUUGCCACCCAGGCCUGGAACCCCAGCCCAGAGCUGCCCCCCAUCUGGAGCGCAGCUGGGUUGGAGUCCCCAGGGCCUCCGCAGACUUGAACCACACCUUGCUGGUGCUGGAGGGGCCUGGGGUGUUGAGGAAGGUGGCGGUUGAGGGCAAGCUGCAUCCUGGCCCCCUAGAGUUUUCCUUCAUCUGCCCCCAGACCCCCCCCCCAAAUGUGCACUUUAAUUUGACCAUCCCUGGGGACCUUUGGGAGACAGGCCUGCCUGUCGCUGCUGUUGACAGGAGGGCUCUGUCCCCACCUCCACUCCAUAGCGGGCGCGGCCCCCACCCUAGGCCGGCACGGGGAGGGUGCUACCGGCUGCUGGAGGAGGUGGUGGCCGCACAGAACGCCUGACCGCUGCUCGGGCUAGCACAAUGUCCCGCAACCCCUGUCCCUUAAUCGUUUAUAAUCGCCGUCUGUUUUGUUGUUCUGGGUAAGGAAGGCAAGAGCUAUAGGUAAAAAAUAAUAAUACUUCAAUGUGAAUGGGUUCUGAGCUCUCCCUGCGCCCCGGGCGGGCUGGGCCGAGCGUUUUGCACUAAUGUGUCCCGCGGUGGACGCGGUGGGGAGCGUUCGCAGACGUGCGUGGCCGAUGAUUGUACCUGCCGGGCGCUCCCUCCGCACCCUGAAUGUACCGUGGGGCAGGCAGUGGGCCUGGGCUCGGAGGGGCCUUCCAGAGUGCCUUAGCAUCUUUUGAUCAUUUUUCCCAAGGGAAACCAAUUAAGAACCCCGGACCCUCCCCCUCCUUUGUUUACAAGAUGACUAAUUCCAGAAUCGGGGCGUCUUGUCCCGCCAUUGUGACCCAACUCACCCAGACCCCGUAGGCGAGAGGCAAGCCACUCAGUAUUUAUGAGAUGUCUGCACCCCUAUUCCUAAGCUUGACUACUAGCAAUACGCAUAUACUAUAUAGAGUCUAUUAUAGAGCUAAGUUAUAUCGGCGCCUUUCCGGGAGGACAGUUGGACUGACCGAGUUGGAGCUACUGAAGCGGGUGCCGGCCUGGGGUCCAGCCACUGAUCCCGCCCUCCCUUCUCCUCCCCUCCCUCCCAGAGGGGACGGCCCAGGAGGCAGCUGGGACAAGUGCAAAAGGUCCAGAGGAAGGGACCAGAGACGGGACAGAUACUGUGAGCUCCGUGGGGCCGCUGCCUGGCCAGCGCGCCUCGGUACUUGAAUUCUGUUCUUGUUUCCUGCUCCGGGUCCACGCACCCGUGUUCUCGUGGUUGCUUCAGUUUGCAUCUGAUUUGGUGUCUUACUUUGCCCCUGAAUGUGGACACAGUUGAGAGGCGGCAGGAGGGCCCUGCUCAGGUGUCCCGAGUUGGGUGGUGCUGGGCGGGCCGCUGGGGAGACGGGCUGUUUGGUCUGACCCUUUCUCCCUGCCCGCUCACCGUGGUGUUUGUGUUUAGAGCUGGGCAGACCAGGUAGAGAGGCCUGAGAGCGGCUGUCGGGGCAGGUGUCCCUGCAAGGGGACUGUGGUGUGGCUUGUGUUGCCCAUUCAGCAGCUGGCACUGCUAGGCCCCGCCCCACCAAGUCCUGCCGUCCCCUCCCCCGGGUUCUCCUGCACGCCUCUGCGGAGCAGGCGGGGGCUGCUGGAUCGCUGCUGUGCUGGGCCAGAGCUGGAGCACGCAGCUGUCUCAGCUUUAACUACUGUUCAGGACACACUGCAGCCGUGGCGCCGGCUGUCACAGGGCCAGCCGGCUCUGCCAUGUCCCUACGCGAGCGCGCGGGCUUGGUACAGAUGGUUUUCAAAUGGCAAAGGUGUUUUGCUUUUGUUUGUUUGUUUGUUUUAUUUUGUUGAAAAAAGAAAAGAAAUGGGAAAUGAUUCCGGAUCUAAAGCCUUCAGGUUGGACAGCUCGCCUGUGUUCUGAUCGGUUGCCUCCAUUGUUAGCGUUUUGCACACAAUUGUGAUUUUUAUGUCAGAAGAAGCCAAAACUUGCAAUACUAUUUUUAGCAGACAAAAAAAAAAAUCCAGAACUAAGUAUAAAAUGUAUAAAUAUUUUUGACUUGAACAUUUGGAUGGCACUGGGUGCAAACAGAACAUUCAUCCUUCCGACAGAAUGUUUGGGUAAGAGACUAGAGAGGAGAUGGUUGUUUCACAGGAUCUGUCUAGGGUUAGAACACUACUGUAAGUCACGACUGUUAAAAAACAAGUUAAUCAAGGAAAUCGUUCCUGUGCUGUCAAGGAGGGCUUCACAGAACCACUGGCUUAGAUUCAGCCACCGAAGAUGCUGGCUUUUCGUUUUCCUUUGAGGAGGAAGCCUUUGUUCUGUCCUUCCUGCGUCCUUCCUCCUCCCUUUCUGUGCUGUUAUCCGUAGUGACCAGACUGUUAACUUUGUAGCCAUGGCUGACAACAUUGUAUCAAUAACUAAACAACCGCCAGGUGCGCGCGCAAUCAGGGGAAGGUAGAAGGCCAUGUCUGCUGAGCAAAAGAUGUCACCGUUAAUUGUAAAGCGCUUUGUAAAAUUCACAUUUACAGAAUAAUAAAGUCAGUUCAAACCCA